AUUAAGAGGAGAUAGAAUUCUGGAAUGUUUGGCGCCGCGCGCUAUCGAUAUCUUAUUCGAUUUUGCAAGCAUCUAUUCUAAUUCUAAUUCUAAUUCUAAUUCUAAUUCUAAUUGAGGGUGAAACCUAACAAUUCAAUUCAAUUCAAUGUCGCCGUCAACACACAAUUCCAAUUCCAAUUCCAAUUCCGACACCCAAUUGAGUAUCGGAGAGCGCGCUCUCUCCGCCGCCGGUGCCGCCUUCCUCUCCGCCAUCAUUGUCAAUCCCCUCGAUGUCGCCAAGACAAGGCUUCAAGCUCAGGCUGCUGGGGUUCCCUACCAACAACAUAUUUGUCCAUCUUUCCAAACUACUAACAUGGUGCCACCAGAUAUCAGAUGUCAUGCUACUACAUCUACAUCACCUUCUGCUCACCGCUAUAAAGGGACUCUAGAUGUCAUGUACAAAGUUAUUCGUCAGGAAGGAUUUACAAGAUUGUGGAGAGGCACAAAUGCAAGUUUGACAUUAGCUAUUCCAACCGUCGGAAUCUAUAUGCCUUGUUAUGAUAUCUUCCGCAACUCCAUGGAGGAGUUUACAACUCAGAAUGCUCCGAGUUUGACACCUUACGUUCCAUUAGUUGCAGGAUCACUUGCACGCUCGUUGGCUUGCAUUUCUUGUUAUCCUGUAGAACUUGCAAAGACUCGCAUGCAGGCAUUUAGAGUAGCCCAAAGUGACAAGGCUCCAGGGGUGUGGAAGACAUUGCUUGGAGUCAUCAAACCAGCCAAGGGCACAAGUAUUCUUCAAAGCUUACAUAGGUACAGAUUCUGGUGGACUGGCCUUGGAGCACAACUUUCUCGGGAUGUUCCAUACUCUGCAAUUUGCUGGUCAACCCUUGAGCCAAUAAGGAAAAGAAUUCUUGGCCUAGUGGAUGAUGAAGCAAGCGCAGCCACUAUCCUUGUGGCAAAUUUUUCUGCUGGGUUUGUUGCAGGAAUUUUAGCAUCUGCUGCCACAUGUCCACUUGAUGUGGCAAAAACUCGACGGCAGAUAGAGAAGGAUCCUCAACGGGCAUUAAAGAUGACAACAAGAACAACAUUGCUUGAGAUUUGGAGGGAUGGCGGAUUGAGGGGGCUAUUUACAGGUGUUGGUCCCCGUGUAGGUCGUGCUGGUCCAUCCGUUGGGAUAGUUGUCUCCUUUUACGAAGUUGUCAAGUAUGCCUUACGUGAUACACAUCCAAAUUCAGCAUAGGAGUUACUUUCAUUCAUCAUCCAGGCAUCCAGCCCUAUUUGCUGGAGGCUUCUAAUUCUUUUGUGAAGUUACUUAGCUUAAUAAUGGAUUGAGUCAAAGUCUCAGCUCCAUGCCCACAAUAUGUUCCUGACUUAGCAAGAGUCAGAGCUCAAGAAGCAACAGAACAUUUGUCUGUGAGUAUCUACUAAUAAGUAAUCACACUAUAGUUCAUCUUCAUUCCUAGUUUCCAUUUGGGUACACAAUGUGUACAUUUUACAUUUGUAACAUUAUAGGGAAAGUUAAUAAGUGCUAUUGCACUAAACAGCAAGGGGGUAAGCUUGCACAGAGAAAAUUGGUUUUUGUUUUCUCUGUUUUGGUAGGAAAAAAAUGGAACUCAAUUCCCACGAUUCAUGUAUUUUAUGAGUUAUUACAAACCCAAUUCAUUAAGUUAUAAGAUCUGUUAGUGAAUAUUAUAGACGA